AAGACACAGGACUCAUCCGAAGACCGAGAAGAUGAUAGAAAUAUCAAAAGAAUGUCUGCUUCUCAGUCACGAUUUUGGUCGGUUCUCCAGAUUCCGUCUGUUUCGGGUAUCAUCCCAUUUUUCUAUUCAAUAGUUCGUCCAGUCUUACACAGCCCCUCCCUACCAACAAAGUGUCAACCAACAUAGAACAUUCCGUUCCGAAUAUCCGUAGUUACUCGAGAACAACAGACACAACAAAGAAACUUGACAAAGCAACCAGUUCGCCAACAACCUGUUUGGGGGCAACAACUCAACAAGGCUCUUCGCUGUCAAGAGACACCUCGCUCCUUGGGUUAACGCGAGUUUCCAAAGUCUAUGACAACACGCUUUACAGACGAGCAGCGAGGGGAAACUAACAGAGUAGAGAUCUCCGACUCAUCUCCAGCAACAUUGGGCCUAAUUGCGUAGUUCCCAUCGCGAUCGGCCAGAGCCAAGACAAAACACGUCCGACUCGUUCUUGGGUCAAACCAGGAGAGCCGGAUCAACAUCCUACCCCUCGUUUCUUAUUUUUUGGACUUGAAAAAUAAGAACCAGAGACCGAGCUCUUUGUGUGUGUGUGUCUUUUCUUCCCUCUCUCUCUCUCUCUCUCUCUCUGCAAAAAGGAAGUCUCGACUCUUCCUGACAACUUCAACAACCAACCGCCAAUACUUCGGUUGCGUCAUCGGUGGAUACCCCUGUCUCGACAACACCACCGUCGCAUUCUCCCUCCUAACACACCUGACUAGUCAGUCAGUCAGUCAGUCUGCCGCCUCCUACCCGUGCGACGACUUCGCGCCCCCCUCGACAAAACUUUUCUCUUUUUUUUCUCUUCGUUUCGGCGUAGUUAAACACCUAAUCAUCUUUUCACUAUAUUUUUAAUCUACCACCCAAAAUGUCGAGGCUAUUGCGAGCAAAGAAGCUGGUCGCCCCGGCCCUUGUGGCCGGUGUCGCUGGUGGCUCCCUCUACUACAUGUAUAAGCCCCGAAACAUCCCCGGGUACGAAGGCCCCGUUGUCCCGCCCCCUAUCUUCGGCGCCGACGGCACCUUCAAGCUCCCCCGCUUCCCUCAGGUCAAGUCUCGCGACCAGCAGAUUGCCGAUCUAAAAAAGAGCAACUCGGGAAACAAGGAGGACGAAUAUGAUGUGCUUGUUAUCGGAGCUGGCGCAACCGGUGCCGGUGUGGCUCUCGAUGCCGCAACUCGCGGUCUCAAGGUCGCCGUUGUUGAGCGAGACGACUUCAGUUCCGGGACAAGCAGCAAGAGCACCAAGCUGGUACACGGUGGUGUGCGUUAUCUCGAAAAGGCCGUCUGGAACUUGGACUACGCCCAGUAUGAGCUUGUCAAGGAGGCCCUCAAGGAGCGCAAGUACUUCUUGAAGACUGCGCCCCAUCUGAGCUCGUGGCUACCAAUCAUGUUGCCACUCGACCAGUGGUGGAAGGUUCCUUACUACUGGGCUGGCACCAAGUUCUACGAUUUCCUGGCUGGUUCCGAGGGCAUCGAGAGCUCAUACUUUUUGACCAAGAGCAAGGCCAUUGAUGCCUUCCCCAUGCUCAAACAGACCGACCUCGUUGGCGCCCUCGUCUACUACGAUGGUGCCCACAACGACUCCCGCAUGAACGUCUCGAUCGGUAUGACUGCCGCCCUCUACGGUGCUACUGUUGUAAACCACAUGGAGGUCACUGGCCUUCAGAAGGGCGAGAACGGAAAGCUCUGCGGUGCUACCCUCAAGGACCUUGUCACUGAGAGAGACGGCAACGAGGCGACUCCCUUCAACAUCAAGGCCAAGUGCAUCAUCAACUGCACUGGUCCCUUCACAGACAGCAUCCGUAAGAUGGACGACCAGGACUGCAAGGAGAUUGUCGCCCCCGCCUCCGGUGUGCACGUCAUCCUCCCCGGUUACUACAGCCCUGGCAAGAUGGGCCUGAUCGACCCCUCCACCUCCGACGGCAGAGUCAUCUUCUUCCUCCCCUGGCAAGGCAACACCAUUGCCGGUACCACCGACGAGCCUGCGACCAUUACCAAGAACCCCCUUCCCGACGAGAAGUCCAUCCAGUGGAUUCUCAACGAGAUCAGCCACUACCUCUCCCCCGACAUCAACGUCCGCCGCGGCGACGUCCUGGCUGCCUGGUCCGGUCUCCGCCCUCUCGUAAGGGACCCCAAGGCCAAGAACACCGAGUCCCUUGUCCGUAACCACCUGAUCGAUAUCUCCCCCUCCGGCCUCAUCACCUGCGCCGGUGGCAAGUGGACCACCUACCGCCAAAUGGCCGAGGAGUGCGUCGACGCCGCCAUCAAGGAGUUCAACCUGCCCGUCAAGCCCAUCGCCAACCCUCCCCUGGUCAGCGGCACUGAGCACGUGGAAGACGAUGCCGUCCUCGACGGCUCCUGCCAGACGCACCGUGUCCGCCUGAUCGGCGCUCAUGGCUUCAGCCGCACCUUGUUCAUCCACCUGAUCCAGCACUUUGGCGUCGAGACCGAGGUCGCCAAGCACUUGACCGAGAGCUACGGCGACCGCGCCUGGACCGUUGCUUCGCUGUGCAAGGCCACCAACAAGCGCUUCCCCGCCAAGGGCGAGCGCAUUGCAGAGCUUUACCCCUUUGUUGACGGCGAGAUCCGCUACGCGGUCAGGCACGAGUAUGCCCAGACGGCUGUGGACGUGCUCGCUCGUCGCACGAGAUUGGCCUUCUUGAAUGCGCAGGCGGCGCUCGAGGCGUUGCCCAAGGUUAUUGACAUCAUGGCUGAUGAGCUCAAGUGGGAUGCGAAGAGGAAGGAUGUUGAGUGGAAGGACACCGUCGCCUUCCUCGAGUCAAUGGGCCUUCCCCAACCGAUGCUCACCACCACCCGCCAACAAGUCGAGAAGGGCAAGCUGGACUGGUCCAACUCGCUCGAGUGGAAGAUGUACUCGAGACACGAUAAGCCGGUCGACGAGAAGGAGCGCAACGAGCAGGCCGAGAUUGCCGGGCGCGCGGGGACUCAUCGUUAAUGAUGGGCUCUGUCUCCCUUUGGCGCGAAAAGAGAUGGGAUUAUAAAAGGAACAGUAGAAGAAGGAUGACAGAACCUAUAUUGCAUUGGCGAUUGAAUGGGUUUUCCUUGGUUCAGGCAGUAAAGGCGUUUUUGUUGUUCUAGACUGGACUGGACUGGACUGGACUGGACUGGCUGGUUGGGUUGGCAUGAAUGUCAGAGGGUCGCUUACGUUAACGUUAUUCAGCGUUGGUGAUGUGGUGUCUUGAUUAUAUAGACUCUUUUUGAAUCCUUCAUUCGAGUAUAUGAUGUGGUUGUAUAUGUGUCAUUUGAUUCGCGCUCGCUCUAGGUGACGUUCUCCGAGAUGAACAGUCUAGUGUGUUUGAUGAUAGAAAUUCAAGAGUUGCGGUCCG